CUCUAAGCUCUCCUGUUCCCUCCUCCCAGACAGAAGCAGUUAAUUGCCAGCUCUAGGCUGUCUCCUGCCCAACCCUAAUCGGCAUGAUCUCAGGCGGCUGCACCAAGGCUGAAGCAGCUCCAGGCUAGGCCAGGGCUGUGUGGAGCAAGGAGAGCAUUCUUCCAAGAUAAUGAUUAAGCUGAGCAGCACUUGGCAAGGGCACAGGCUGCUAAGCUAGGGAGGUGAGCCCUGUUCACACCUCAGCCAGGCUGUGGAGGCCAGCACCAGAUCGGGAAGGCAGAGCCCAGAGGCUCAGGGGGCCCCCAGCCAACCCCUACAGCCUCCUGCUUAUGAAAGGCAUCCAAAGCAUCUCAGAUCCAGGGGAAUCUUUGCAGCCUACUCUUCUGGGACUCUGCUCACCCCUCUGGCACCAUGAAGCUCCAGAUGUUCUGGACUGGCCUGGAAUAUACCUGCCGGCUCUUGGGCAUCGCCACGGCUGCAGUGUUGAUCGGAGUGGGCACCGAGACCUUCCUCCGGGGGCAGUUCAAAAGCCUGGCCUUCUAUCUGCUGUUUACAGGAGUCACCAUCUCCAUGUGUGAAGGGACCUACUUUGUGGCCCAGCUGUUAGCCAUCUGCUUCAAGUGUCAGCCGGGGUCUCUGGCACACAGAGCAAGGGAGAAGGCUCGCUGGCUGGGCUGCUUCCAGAAGUUCCUCGCCUACAUGCUGCUGUCAGUGGCCUGUUUCCUCCACCCUGUCCUGGUCUGGCAUGUGACCAUCCCAGGCUCCAUGCUGAUCAUCACUGGCCUGGCCUACUUCCUGCUGAGCAAGCGGAAGAAAACAAAGGCUGUUCCAGAGGCGCUGGCCCCCACGGAGCAGUACACAGACCCUUCCAGCAGCGUUGUGAGCACCACAGGCUCUGGGGACACUGAGCAAACCUACACUUUCCAUGAAGCCCUCAAGGAGGGGCCUGGCUCCUUCUUCAUCCACGUGAAGAGCGUUCUGAAGGGGACCAAGAAGCCACGUGUCCUGCAGACCCAAGACACCCCAAUGGAACUGGUGCUGGAGUCAGCUGACUCCUUGGCCAAGAAGAAGCAGGUACACUUUGAAGACAAUGUAGUCAGGAUCAUCCCAACCCUCACUGAAGGUCAGGGUGACAGUGACAGUGGACCAGAGGAAACCAGCUCUGACACGACUCCCAUUAUCCCUCCCUCCCGGACCCCACUCUUCCUGCCGUCUCUCAUGGCCACUGACCUGUUCUGAGCUUCUCAGCUAGAGGUCUACAGAUGGAUGGACCUGCCAGAAGAC